AUGUGGUCCAAAUUAGCCAAACGCGCUUCCUCAAAAAAAAUCAACUUAUCCUCACAACCCAUCUCUAUUUCACGUUCUUCUACUUCAAAAAGAUUUCCCCCCCAUGAUAAUUUUCCCGUGAAAAUCUCGCCCCAAACAAGGAUUAACUUGAUGCACCCGUUUUUGUGUUUCAGUAAAGUUGGUAUUUUUACUUCAGAAAACAAUCUGGGUCGAUCUGAAUUCACGUUUUCUGAACACCCUUUUAGUUUUUCUUCAAUUUCGUUGAAUCACAUUAGAAGCUACGGUAGUGUUGCUGAAGCUAUUGAAUCGACUGAUACAGAAGAUGACUGUUCAGGUUCUGGUUCAGGUUCAGAAGAAGUUCAGGAAUUGUUAGAACAAAUCGUGAAAGAAGAGAAGAAAAAGCCUAACAAGAACAAUAGUUACAAGCAUAAAAUACUUAGGAGGAGACAGGUGAAAAUUGAGACUGAGGCAUGGGAGGAAGCAGCGAGGGAGUAUCAGGAGUUGUUGGAAGACAUGCGCGAACAGAAGCUUUCGCCGAAUUUGCCUUACAUGAAGUCGUUGUUUCUCGGUUGGUUUGAGCCGUUGAAGAAUGCGAUUGUGGCUGAUCAAGAGCUUUGUAGGGAUAGUAAGACUAGGUUGAGUCAUUCGCCUUUUUUCAAUGAGUUGCCUGCUGAUAUGAUGGCUGUUAUCACUAUGCAUAAGUUGAUGGGGCUGUUGAUGACUAAUAGUAACGGUGUUGGGAGUGCUAGAGUUAUUCAAGCGGCUUGUCAAAUAGGUGAAGCCAUUGAACAUGAGGGUAGGAUAUACCGAUUUAUGGAGAAGUCAAAAGCGAAGAAAACAGCAUCUGACAAGGCUGAUAGUGAAUCUGUUCCUGAACCUAUAGAAAGUGACAACCUGACAGCUGAAGAGAAAGCAAAACAUGAUAAAGAGGAGAAAAGAAUUAGGAAAAAAGUUGCUAAUUUAAUAAAAAAGCAGAAGAAGCAACAAGCAAUGGCGAUAGUUCGGGGAAGAGAUCAAGCGAAACCUUGGGGACAGGAAGCUCAAGUAAAGGUUGGCUCUCGUUUGAUACAAUUGUUAAUAGAAACAGCCUACUUACAACCACCUGCCAAUCAAUUCGGAGAUGGCGGUCCUCCAGAUAUUUACCCCGCAUUUAAGCAUGCCCUCAAGACGAUUUCUGGUGAUUCAGGCAAUGGAAGUAGGAGAUAUGGCGUUAUUGAAUGUGACCCUAUGAUACAGAAGGGCCUUGAAAAGACCGCCAGGCACAUGGUCAUCCCCUACAUGCCAAUGUUGGUUCCACCGAAUCAGUGGACAGGGUAUGACAAAGGAGCAUACUUGUUUUUGCCAUCAUACGUAAUGAGAAUACAUGGAGCAAAGCAGCAACGUGAAGCUGUAAAAAGGGCUACCAAGAAUCAACUUGGCCCUAUUUUUAAGGCUCUUAACACUCUUGGUGAUACCAAAUGGAGGGUAAACAAAAGUGUACUUGGUGUGAUAGAUCAAAUAUGGGCUAACGGAGGCCGUCUGGCUGACUUGGUGGAUCGCGAUGAUCUACCCCUCCCAGAGGAACCAAACACAGAAGAUGAAGAAGAAAUCCGAAAAUGGAAGUGGAAAGUUAAAGCCGUCAAAAAGGAUAAUAAUGAGAGACAUUCACAACGAUGUGAUAUAGAACUUAAACUGGCUGUUGCACGAAAGAUGAAAGAAGAAGAAGGCUUCUACUAUCCUCACAAUCUUGAUUUCCGAGGGCGUGCUUAUCCAAUGCACCCAUAUUUGAACCAUCUUGGUUCUGAUCUAUGUCGAGGCAUACUUGAGUUUGCAGAGGGACGCCCUCUGGGGAAGUCAGGCUUACAAUGGUUGAAAAUACAUCUUGCAAAUUUGUAUGCUGGUGACAGACCUCUUGAAGGAAAGCGGUGGUGGUUGCAAGCAGAGGAUCCUUUUCAGUGCUUGGCAGCUUGUAUCAAUCUUUCUGAAGCAUUGAGAAGCCCUACCCCCGAGUCUACCCUUUCUCAUAUGCCUGUACACCAGGAUGGUUCAUGCAAUGGCUUACAACACUAUGCUGCACUUGGCAGGGACAAGUUGGGAGCUGCUGCGGUCAAUCUUGUUGGUGGUGAACAGCCUGCUGAUGUUUACUCAGGAAUUGCAGCCAGAGUACUUGAAAUCAUGAAAACAGAUGCACUGAAAGAUCCCGAAACUUUUCCACAUGCAUUGCAUGCUAGGCGUUUGAUCAGCCAGGUGGACCGAAAGUUGGUGAAGCAGACAGUGAUGACAUCGGUGUAUGGAGUGACUUAUGUUGGGGCUCGGGACCAGAUUAAGAGAAGGCUUAAGGAGCGUUGUGCGAUUGAGGAUGAUUCAGAGCUGUUUUCUGCUGCCUGCUAUGCUGCAAAAACCACUCUCACCGCCUUAGAAGAGAUGUUUGAGGCUGCAAGAAGUAUUAUGAAUUGGCUAGGUGAAUGUGCAAAGGUGAUAGCUUGCACAAACCAAGCAGUGCGAUGGGUUACUCCCCUUGGGCUUCCCGUAGUACAACCUUACCGAGAAAUAGGAAGACAUCUGAUCAAGACAUCCCUUCAGGUAUUGACAUUACAGCGGGAGACGGACAAGGUAAUGGUAAAAAGGCAGAGAACAGCUUUCCCCCCAAAUUUUGUUCACUCUCUGGAUGGUUCUCACAUGAUGAUGACUGCCGUAGCUUGUAAACAAGCAGGGAUGAACUUUGCAGGGGUUCAUGAUUCUUAUUGGACACAUGCGUGUGACGUUGAUGAAAUGAACAGGAUACUCAGGGAAAAGUUUGUUGAACUCUAUGAUGCUCCGAUCUUAGAAAAUUUAUUGGAGAAUUUUGAAAAGACGUUUCCCGCAUUGAAGUUUCCUCCUUUACCGGAACGAGGAGACUUCGAUCUCCAAGAAGUUUUGAAGUCUCCCUAUUUUUUCAACUAG